GCUCGCCCUGGUCCAUCAUUCUGAGGAGCUGCAGGGCUCUGCUCCUUCCUGAUGGCUUAGAGAUUCUCCUAAACUCCCAGCCAUGGAUCUUGGAGCAUUUCCCCCGAGAUCAGCAGGAGAGUGUGUGUCUCCGUUGAAGUUCCCUUGAUGUGCUCACAAAUCUCUCUGAAAACAUCACUCUGGACCUCCGAUGCGGCUGCCCGAGCAACCUGGAGAGAGGAAGCCUGAGAAUGAGGAAAAGGGGGGCAGAGGAGCCCCCGGAGGGGGAGAGGAGCCACCGAGGAGCCAGGCCCCCGACUUCCCCACUUGGCAAAAAAGACCAUUUCUGCAUGUCCUGUGUGGGCUGUUGUAUUCGGGAGGUUCCUUGGUCCUACAGCACUGUGCUGGUUCCCAAGCUCAGGAAAUGACCAAUGUAAAUGAUGAGGAACUGGAUGAGAUCCGAGAGGCCUUUCGGGUUCUGGACCGAGAUGGGAAUGGCUUCAUCUCCAAGCAGGAGCUAGGAAUGGCCAUGCGUUCUUUGGGGUACAUGCCGAGUGAGGUGGAGCUGGCCAUCAUCAUGCAGCGCCUGGACAUGGACGGGGACGGCCAAGUGGACUUUGAUGAAUUCAUGACAAUUCUUGGCCCCAAACUGGUGUCUUCAGAAGGUCGCGAUGGUUUUCUUGGAAACACAAUAGAUAGCAUAUUCUGGCAG